AUGGGUCUUAGGAAGAGAGCGGCCGUGCCUAUUGACGACGUUGUCGUUGCUUCCGAGCCGGCCCAAAAAGAAAGGGUCGAGUCCCCCAGACUGAGGGAUUCUCCUCCUUCUCCCCUUCGGAGCUCUUCCAUUGCGUCGCGUACGAGGGCUUCGACGAGGAAAGCCUCGACUUCUGUUCCUGAGGGCGUUCCGGAGCAAGUGAUCGAGCUUGACUCUCCUCCUUCCUCGGACCAUGACGAGUCUUCCCAUCACGAUGAGAGUGCUUCUCAUCACGAUGAUGGUUUGAGGACUCCGGCGCGUGGUGGUUCGCCUUCUAAGGGGGACGAGUUCCUCACCCCUGGUGGCGGCGUUCCCUCCUCUGACCGGCGUGAUCGUGGUGGUUUCGAAGGAGGGGAAUCAUCUCGGCGUCCAGGUGAGAAUGAUGAGGCGGUGUCUCGUCACUCGGAGGCGGGUGGUUUUGCUCCUGGCUCGAACCUCCAAAGGAUGGUCCUGAGGGCUAUAAUCCUCACGCGUUCAAGACGUGGUGGAAUGGCGGGAGUCCUCUUAUGGAGGACCAGGAUGCUUGCGGAGGGGCGACUUGGAUGUCUAAAGUUCAUCCCGGCUUGGGGAUUCCGCCAGGAUAAACUGGUGCUUGAGUCGAAGGUCGCGGCGCUGAACAGGGAGAUAGUGAAGACUCUCGGACUCCAGGAGGUAGCAGACAAGCUGAGGGCUCAAGUGAGUGAUCUGGAGGAGAAGGCGCGUCGGGAUGCAGAGGCUUCUGCUGCUGAGAUGGAGCGUCUCCGACGGUCUCGUCGAGAAUCGGUCGAGGCGGCUGUGACUCAGGUCUUCGACUCGGUGAAUGACUGGUAUGCUCCUCGUCUCCAUCGCUUGUCGGAGUUCGUCGCGCAGCGGGACAUGGUUGAAGCCGCUGUGGGGAGGAGGCAAGUCGACGAAGCUCUCCUCAACUUUGUGAAGAAGAUUCGGGGAGUGGAUCUGAACUUCGACGCGGUGGAGGAGAAGCUCGCGGCUAAGCUGGCGAAGAGCAUCGCGGAUGGGGAUGCGAUCGACGAAGUUGUUAUCGAUGAUGAUGACUUCGCUCCGCCUAACAGCCUUAAACGGCUGGUGCUGCCGGGAUCUCCUUCUCGUCGAGAUGGUGGUGGUGCGGAUCCGGGUGCGGGACCCUCUACUUCUGGGGCCAAGUCUGCUUAG